UUGUGUUGCAUUUGCUGAAAGAGUAGGCGGUUCUCUUCGCUUAUACCUUGCGUUUUAUUUGUGUUGUACCUUCUCCAAAGAGGCUACGAUAAGGCCUCUUUUGUCUAUACCUCACAGAUACUAUGUUGUUGAUCGAACAAGGAUUUGCGUGUUUUCUUUUUGUCUUACCGUCAUGUUCAAUUUCGCCUUUGGCUUACAGGUGUCUACUGAGCUUAGUACUUGCCUUUAUUGCUUCUUUGGCCAGUAAAAGCUACAAUGGGGUCCUUCCUGUAUGUAAUGGACUAAUUUUCGUCAUAUUCAAGGCAUGUCUUUGACUAGAUCUUGGCUAGUGUAGAAUACACUUAUAUAACGGCUUUAUUCACUCAACCAUAUUGCUUUAUUGCUGCUUUUUAUUUUUAGUAUGAGUUAAUCAGAGUACAACUCACAUGCCAAACAACGGCGAUGUUGUCUUUAAUACGCUAUCACACUACGCUUUGCUUUUAUGUGCCCGAUGUCUAGCCUUUUUACCAUCUUAUUCAAAAU